CGUCAUUGGCAUUUCCAAGAUGGCUGCAGUUCAGGGCCGGAGCAGAGAGAGGGCUAGCGAGCAAAACUCCUGGUUUUAGCCUGAAAAGUGUUGGUUAUUUGAGUGCCAUCGGUUGAAACGGUGAUCAUUUGCUCUCAGAGACAGAACCCGCAUCACGUUUCGGUGUCCAGACGAAUUUUUCCGACAUGGUGUGUGAGGAGGAAGUGCUGUGUGUGCCAGCGCUGCGGCCAGCUCGCCACUGUUGUUAUGGAGCCGAGUGAAGACUGGGAACGUGACCAGAAACGGAGCUGAGAAACGGAGCUGUGUCAGAGAUGGUCCUAUUAGACAGACUUUGGUGAGAAAGUUAGGCAUUUGGUCGGCUGAUGUGGCACAGCUUCACCGCUGUCUCGGGCUGUGUGGAUGAAAGUGGAGGAACGCCGAGGUGUCUCGGAGAUCAGGGAUCGCGCACAGACACCGGGUCACUCAGCCGCCGUUGGGAUCACUCCCGGUCAUGCCGCCAUUAACGGACUCGCCGAGUCACCGAGGGAGCUGAUGGUCGCGUCAUCCGAGGAAGGCAGACCAACACCCUCCGCCGCUCAUGUUACGGAUAACCGACGCGAAAUGGACGGACCGGACCCCCAGGAGGACAGCUUCCGUCACAGCGACGGAAACGACAGCCGCCCGACGCGCGAUGAGGGCGACCAGGACCGGGCGUUACCGCAUUACACUAGUCCAGCCAAUCAACGCACGGCGGUCAAGCUCCCGAACGGUCACGUGAGCUGCGUGUGCGACGCCCGUGACCCGUCUCGGCCGUGCUCGUGCCACGAAUCGGGUGAGGUGCUGGCUAACGGUGAACUGUUGUCAGAUGCUGAUGCUGCAUGCUCAGCCGCCCCAUCCACCAGCUCCCUCUUGUGUGCUGCAAGACCUCAGGACGAUGAAGAUGAGCCCAGCGCUUCCAGGUCAGGUCGCAGGUCAUCGUCGUCCAGCUCUGAAACCGCCGACAGGACUCGGGAAUCGGAAACGGCGUCUAAUGACUUCUUAUCCGAAGCUGAGCCGUGCUCCUCCAGGACUCUCUCAAGCCCGGAGGACAGCGAGUCCUGCCCGGACCCGGCGUUCAUGGACGUGAGUCUGGGCUCGAAGAACACGUACGAAAUCAGCCGUCGUCAGAGUGCCCCGGACAACGUGGCCGACGUGGCCGAGCCGGCCCUGAGACAGAAGAAACACGGCAUCUCGGAGAUCUUCGGCAGGGGCCUGUUCUCCAGAAAGCAGAAAGAGUCUCCAAGUGCUCCUGGCUGGAAGCUGUUUGGGAAGGUCCCGCCGAGAGAGAGCCCUCCCAAAGACUCCAAAACCAUCCAGCAGGAGAGUAACCCAGGCAAUCUCACAUCUGUUUCAACUCCCAAUCUCUUAAGCGCAGGGGAAUAUGAGGCUAAAACUAGCAAAGGAGCUCAUAGCCCUUCCCAGCCUUCUCAAGGGCGACGUAAGAAUCUGGAGUUUGAGCCGCUGUCCACUACGGCACUCAUAUUAGAAGACCGGCCAGCUAACCUUCCCGCUAAACCCGAGGAGGAAGCUCAGCGCCACCGGCAGGAAUACGAUGAAAUGGUGGCUGAAGCCAAGAGGAGAGAGAUGAAGGAGGCCCAGAAGAAGAAGCAGCAGAUGAAGGAGCGCUUCAAGCAGGAGGACAGCAUCGUUAACGCCAUGGUGGUGUGGAACACAGAGGUCCUGCCUAACUGGGACAGCAUGCGCGGAACACGCAGGGUUAAAGAUCUGUGGUGGCAGGGUCUUCCUCCCAACGUCCGUGGCAAAGUGUGGAGCCUAGCCAUCGGCAACGAGCUCAACAUCACCCCAGAGCUGUACGAGAUCUUUCUCUCCCGGGCUAAAGAGCGUUGGAGGAGCUUCAGAGAGACGGGAAGCGAGGCCGAGGCAGAGGCGGACAGCGGAGCGUCUCUGGCAGAUCGGGAAUCCAGCCUGGAUCUGAUCAAGCUUGACAUUUCCCGCACCUUCCCCUCCCUCUUCAUCUUCCAGAAGGGAGGACCGUACCAUGAUCUCCUGCACAGCGUGCUCGGGGCGUAUACCUGCUACCGGCCGGACGUGGGAUACGUGCAGGGCAUGUCCUUCAUCGCCGCCGUGUUGAUCCUGAACCUGGAGGAAGCCGACGCCUUCAUUGCCUUCGCCAACCUCCUGAAUAAACCCUGUCAGAUGGCGUUCUUCCGAGUGGACCACGAUCUGAUGCUGAAGUACUUUGCGGUGUUCGAGGUGUUCUUCGAGGAAAAUCUUCCCAGGUUGUUCGGUCACUUCCAGAGCUCCAACCUCACUCCAGACCUCUACCUGAUCGACUGGAUUUUCACCCUCUACAGCAAGUCCCUGCCGCUGGACGUGGCGUGCCGCGUGUGGGACGUGUUCUGCAGAGACGGAGAAGAGUUCCUGUUCCGCACGGCUCUGGGGAUCCUGCGCUUGUACGAGGACGUGCUCGUCCACAUGGACUUCAUCCACAUGGCGCAGUUCCUCACACGCCUGCCCGAGCACGUCUCCGCCGAACGCCUCUUCAGCGCCAUCCACAACAUCCACAUGACCAGCAGCAACCGCAAAUGGCCCCAGGUCUUCAGUGCACUAAUGAAGGACAAAGAAUCAGACAAAAGUGGCAGCCCAACCCUGAAAAGCUCCUGACGCCUCGCUCCUAUGCCUCCUUGCUGUCUUUUUCUCCCGAAGUUGUGAUGACACCUGGAGAAGGAGUGAAACGUCUGAAGGCUGAAGUAGAACCGGUUCUCUAUGAUAUUUGAUAUAUGAUGUGCAGUAUUAUGGACAGUGGCUAGUGAUUAGAUGUAGGUAUAAAUGUGCGACAGUUCCCACGUCUCUGGAAAGAAACGCUUCUUACGUUCCCAUACGACACACACUUCCUCCUGAGGAAAAAAAAACAAAUAUUCCACCACCAGCACGUUGCUCUGGUCUGCUCUGCGACGUUCCUGAGAAGUUCCUCAGAAACGCUGACCAACGCGAGCAGCCGUCGUCCGUGUCACGUGCUUCUUCCCGCUCGCUUUCUUUGUCUAAAGUUGCACUUAAAGCUGUGAUGUUCAUGAAGGAUCUUAACACUACUCUUCUACAGAGCUUCAGGACCAGAAGACUGUAUGUGUUAAAAGGAGUAUUCUGUCUAAGAGCUUAGAUCUUGACUGAGAUCUCCAAGAUGUGCAAUGAAGGUUUGAAAAGCAGGAGCUUUGCAUGCUUUGUCACCCUCAGCUUUUCAUCCCACAGGUCUAGAUCGGUUAUGGAAAGAGGUUUUACUUCCCAUCCACACCAUCCCACAACUCUUUGGCUGGGACCGUGUCUCUCCGAAAAUAAAUAAGAAAAAAAUAAAAGACACUAAAUUAUUAUGCUUAAGUGUAUCUGUCCUGUCUUAAUGUACACCUCGUCCAUUUCUGUCUGUUUUUAAUAUUCCACCCAAAUGUUAUCUGCUCUGUCGUGGGAUUGAACUCUGGUACAUUUGGUGUUUUUCAGGAGGAUAAAGACGAAAGGCUUCGAAUGUUCUGCGCUGCGCUGUGUCGGAUUCCUGGUUUUAAAACCGUUUUAGCUUUCUUUUCUACUCACUCCCCUGCUAUUGUACAGUUUUCAUACUCCCUAUAGAGCAGAGUUGUAAAUAUGUGAUGAAGUGGACACCACUAAAAGUAGAGCACAUGUAAAUAAAGCCCAGAGUGGAAAUGUGA